CGCGAUCCGUUGAGCUGGCCACACUGACAUUUUGAGUUCCAAAUCAAUUUUGUGGUGUACGUUGUGCGGUCGUCGUCGUCGUCUUGUUCCUGCGUUGCACAUUGCUCAAAAAUCUUAAAUAAACUCUCUUCUUAAAAUGGCACCUCCAUCGUAUAGCGAUUUGGGCAAACAGGCUCGCGAUAUCUUCAGCAAAGGCUACAACUUUGGCCUGUGGAAGCUUGACCUGAAGACCAAGACAUCGUCGGGCAUUGAAUUUAACACAGCUGGUCAUUCGAAUCAGGAGUCCGGCAAGGUCUUUGGCUCCUUGGAGACCAAGUAUAAGGUCAAGGAUUAUGGCCUCACUUUGACGGAGAAAUGGAACACAGACAAUACACUGUACACCGAGGUCGCUGUACAGGAUCAACUGCUCGAGGGCCUUAAGCUGUCGCUGGAGGGCAACUUUGCCCCCCAGUCUGGCAAUAAGAGUGGCAAAUUCAAGGUUGCCUACGGACAUGAGAAUGUCAAGGCCGAUUCGGACAUCAAUAUUGAUCUGAAGGGUCCAUUGAUCAAUGCAUCUGCUGUGCUUGGCUACCAGGGCUGGUUGGCCGGCUAUCAGACCGCAUUCGAUACAAAACAGUCCAAGUUGACCACCAACAACUUUGCCCUCGGCUACUCCGCCAAGGACUUUGUCCUGCACACAGCCGUCAAUGAUGGCCAGGAGUUCAGCGGCUCGAUCUUCCAACGGACAUCGGACAAACUGGAUGUGGGCGUUCAGCUGUCGUGGGCCAGCGGCACCAGCAACACCAAGUUCGCCAUCGGCGCCAAAUAUCAAUUGGACGAUGAUGCCAGCGUCCGCGCCAAGGUGAACAAUGCCAGCCAGGUGGGCUUGGGCUAUCAGCACAGGCUGCGCGAUGGCAUCACCUUGACGCUAUCCACACUUGUCGAUGGCAAGAACUUCAAUGGCGGCAGCCACAAGGUUGGCGUUGGCCUCGAAUUGGAAGCCUAAGUUAGUUCAUGAUUUCAAGCUGAAUGCGCUGCCAGCAAUACAGUACUACAACAACAACAACAACAAAACACCAGCAACAACAACAAAUAAAUAAUAAAUUCAAAGUGUAACAACAAUAAAACACAAGAGAAGUUUAAAAGAAAUAAAAGAACACACGACAAGAAUCUUCAUAUUUAGCAAAGCAUUUGCCAACAUAGCAAAACCCGGAAUCAUCGGGUUGUUGGACGUAGUCUUGUUUAGUACUUAGCUAAAAAACCAUAUUUAUUGUUGGCAACCAGUGAAAUACAUAAUUUACCUAUUAAAACAUAAAAAAAACAA